AUGGGUAAAAGAGGCGAUUUAGCCAAGUUGCAAAAAUGGAUGAUUAUUGGCUUUCGGGCCAAGGUUAUCAGUAUAUCUGAAACAGCGCAAUUUGUGAACUGUUUGCAUGCUGCUGUGGUGAAGGUGUAUCAUGACUGGACAAGUGGCACCAUUACGAAUAACCGAUGUGGAAACUGCAGAGCACCACGUGCCAUUGAUAUUAUGAAUCCGAAUUUCAUUCAAGAAGUGGCUCCUGAGUUCCUCUUGAAUCUGGUGGACAUCUUAUGUGUUGUUGGCGACACUGUGACCUUACAUUGCAAAGUCUGUGGCCGACCAAAGCCAAACAUCACAUGGAAGGGACCAGAUCAAACCAUCCUGCAUGAUGAGCACAGCACUUAUACCAUGUCAACCAGUGAGUCUGGAGACAUCAAGCUGAAGAUCUGCAACUUGAUGCCUCAGGACAGUGGCAUCUAUACCUGCGUGGCCGCAAAUGAGCUUGGCUCAGCCUCAACGUCUGCCACUAUUAAAGUGCAAGGUGUCCCCGGAGCUCCCAGCCAGCCCAUUGCUCAGGAAAGGAGCAGUUCGUCUGUCAUUCUCCGCUGGCUUCCACCUUCUAGCACAGGGAAUUGCACUAUCUCAGGGUACACCGUGGAGUACAAGGAUGAAGGUUCCCAGGUUUGGCAGCAGUCUGUUGCCUGUACUCUUGACUCUUACCUUGUGUUAGAAGAUCUAUGCCCAGGAGCUAUAUACCAGUUUCGGGUCAGCGCCAGCAACCCUUGGGGUAUCAGUCUUCCCAGCGACCCAUCUCAACCCCUCAGACUUCCAGAGAAUGAUGCAAAUGCUGAUGGAUCAACUGUAUGUUGGAAAGAGAACUUUGACCAAGUAUAUGUGGAACAGAACGAGAUUGGACGGGGAAGAUUUUCCAUUGUGAAGAAGUGUUUGCAGAAAAACACCCGAAAAGAUUUUGCAGUGAAAUUUGUCAGCAAGAAAUUGAAAAAGCGUGAACAGGCGGCACAUGAGGCAGCUCUUCUCCAUCAUCUGCAACAUCCCCAGUACAUCACCAUCCAUGACACGUAUGAGACUGCCAACGCGUAUAUACUCAUCCUGGACCUGAUGGAUGAUGGCCGAUUGCUGGAUUAUCUGAUGAACCAUGAUGAGCUCAUGGAAGAGAAGGUGGCUUUCUACAUGCGGGAUAUCAUGGGGGCCCUUCAGUACCUCCACAGCUGCCGCGUGGCCCAUUUAGAUAUCAAGCCUGAAAACCUUCUGAUAGAUUUACGUAUCCCUGUCCCACGGGUGAAGAUAAUCGAUCUGGAGGAUGCCAUGCAAAUUACAGGACACUAUUACAUCCACCAGCUGUUCGGGAACCCAGAAUUUGCUGCUCCUGAGGUCAUCAAAGGUACCCCAGUUUCUCUGGCGACUGAUAUCUGGAGUCUGGGUGUGCUAACAUAUGUCAUGCUGAGUGGAGUGUCCCCAUUCCUAGAUGAGAGCAAUGAAGAGACAUGUACGAAUAUAUGUCGGGUGGAUUUCUCCUUCCCGCAGGAGUAUUUCACAAGCGUUAGUCAAGCUGCUCAUGACUUUAUCCGGGCAACACUUCAAGAGGACACCAACUGGAGACCUACGGUGGCCACAUGUCUUCUACACCCGUGGAUGCAACCUCAUUACAGUAACUAUUCCAGAAUCCCUCUGGACACCUCUCGUCUGGCCACCUUCAUUGAGAGGCGCAGACACCAGAAUGAUGCCCGGCCACUUCCAAAUACCAAGACUUUCAUCAUUGCCCGGAACAAAACAGGAACAUGAAAGUCUGCAUUCGCAUACUGAACUGAACAUUGGAUGCAAUGAAAAGAGAUACGCAUAUUUAUUUAUGGUGGUUACACUGUGUUUAAAACAGGGAUCCAAUAGAUGGCUGAGAACACGUCUUUCUAAUAAGCCAAAUUUAUGAUUAAGAGAUGAGCCCACCAUAUGUUUCCCCUUCCGGGAUAUCACAGUACUGAAUCAAGUUAUUCUGGAAUAUUUUAAGAGUAGACGUGGGAAAUGACAGUUGUUUUUUUAUUUUUACUUAAUAAAUUCGGUGCAGUGUCUUGUUGCAGUUAAAUUGCAAUGAAAUUAAAGUGUGGAUGAAAAAGGUUUAA